CAUCAAUGUUUGUCGUCUCAAUCGUUCUGUAUUCGCACAAGAAAUCGUAGUGCUCAAAAAACUAAUUAUUAUACUUGUGUUUGUUUGCAAAUUGUUUAGAAAGUUUUAAAGAAAUUUUUUGCAUAUUUUUCUCUGUCUAUUGUCAGUUUGUCUCAGUUCCUCUUUCUCUUUGGUGGGUGCACAAGUGCGAAAAUAUCAGACAGCGCAACAGAGUUCCAACAUCGAUGUAUCGAUACUAAAGACUCCCGGGGGCGAGGUUUUGAGACAAUAGUUUCGGAGUGAGGUUACAUGGACUCAAUGAAAUGUGGCUCCUUAAACGACGGACUUACGAUUAGCUCAGGGAGGCAACAUCCGUGAGCAACGACAUCACAAUGCGCAUGUUGCUGCCACUGAGAUUGGUUUUCGUUGCAGCAGGUUUGCUGCUGGCAACUACCAAAGCAAAUGUUCAUUUGCAUCUACGUUCUGACACUGCCAAACAUUUUGCCAUUGGUGAACGUGAACAAGCAAUUGCUGGAAUCGAGGCUAGCCUUUUAUCUCUUCUUGGUUUUGCUAAGAGACCAAAACCACAAGGUCCAGCUUAUGUUCCAGAGUCAUUAAAAAAACUUUUUAUCAAACAAAAUACAAUUGGUAUGGCUGAUAUUGCUAAACCAGGAAUUCAUGCCAGAUCUGCUAACACAGUACGCUCCUUUUCUCAUGUUGAGAGUGAGCUGGAUCACAAAUUUCAAUCUCCAAAUCGGUUUCGUCUUUCUUUUGACUUAAGUAGUAUACCUUCAGGAGAAAAAUUACAAGCUGCAGAAUUAAGUCUUUCUCGCGUACCUAUUUUAAGCCAAAAUGAUUUGAACCCAAAAUUGGGUAGAAUACUUGUAUACGACAUUUUACGUCCUGGUGCAAAAGGACAUAGUGCUCCAUUAUUACGUUUAAUUGACAGUAAAUCAAUAAAUACUAGGAAAAAUGGUACAAUUAGCCUAGAUGUUCAUCCUGCGGUAGAAAGAUGGAUAAAGGAUCCAAAAAAUAAUCAUGGACUUCUAGUGCAUGUACGUGGAACUAAGCAGGAGCAUGUGCGAUUGAAAAGAGGCACAAAUGAAAGAAACGAUACAUGGGUUGUUAGCCGUCCAAUGUUAUUUACUUAUACAGAUGAUGGCAGGUAUAAAAUGUCCUCUGCAAGCCAAAUAAUGGAUCGUCGGGCUAGAAGAGCAGCACUUCGGAAAACUCGCCGAAAAGAUGGACGCGAGAACUGCAGACGACAUCCGCUUUAUGUAGAUUUCGCAGAUGUUGGUUGGAAUGAUUGGAUUGUUGCUCCUCCUGGUUAUGAUGCCUUUUAUUGUCAUGGUGAUUGCCCUUUCCCAUUAGCGGAUCAUUUAAAUUCUACCAAUCAUGCAAUUGUUCAAAAUUUGGUUUACUCAACAAAGCCAAGCAUGGUGCCAAAAGCUUGCUGUGUACCUACUGCGCUCAGUUCAAUAUCAAUGCUUUAUCUUGAUGAAGAGAAUAAAGUAGUUUUGAAAAAUUAUCAGGACAUGGCCGUCCUUGGAUGCGGAUGUCGUUGACUGUUUAUUGACUGAUGUAGUAAACUGUUUUAACAAUGAAAAAUACAUGUGCAAUAAAAAUGAGAAUAGGCACUAAACAUGCGGGAAU